UUACUAUUAUUCUUCCAUUUUCAGGACUGGAUUAUAUAGGAAGACAGAGUUGGUCAAUUGAUAAUAAGGGUCAAAUUUCAGCGGCAGGAUUCGAUAUUAUAUUUCCUAGCAUGAUCAAGUAUGCAGGGGAACUGAACUUGAAUGUGCCUUUGGACCAAAGCCUCGUAAAUGUCUUGUUCCAGAAACAAGAUUCAGCAAUGGAAAGGAAUGAUCUGAGGGAGUGUAAAACCAACCCUGCAUAUUACUAUGCCGAAGGCCUUGGCAAAUUAUGUCAAUGGGAAGAGUUGAUGACUUAUCAAAAGAAGAACGGAUCACUUUUCAACUCACCAGCCACUACUGCAGCUGCUUUGAUUUUCCAUUGCAAUGAUGAUAAGUGCCUUGGAUACAUAAAUUCAAUCCUGAAACAACACAAAAAUUGGGUUCCUACUAUUUAUCUCCCUUUGGGUUUACCACCAUAUUACUUGGUAGUGCCAUAUUAG